GUCUGGGUGGAGCUUGGGAGAUGCGAGGGAAGCCGCGGCUCUGAAGGGCGGGGGCUGGGUGACAUCCUGUUUCACACAGUUUGUAUAGCCAUUGGAAACGUGGCCGGUGAGAAAAAAACAAGAUUGCGCACGUUUAGACUUUUUGAUAAAGUUUUAUUGCUAGACACCACAUUGUUGCCGAGUACGCGUUUUGCCACAGUUGGGUUAGUUCAUUUCCGAGUGAGUAGUUCAUUUCCGAGUGAGUAGCGCGUGUUUUUACCUCGUUUGAGCUCAAAUCAACGAGAAGAAGUUUGAUUUAGACUCUACUUUUCGACUAGCAUUAUACUUAGUAAAUAGGGAAAAGAUGGCAAAAAGCGAAGAUAAAACCCCGUCGUUUGAGAUGACUUGGGGAAGCUCCACUAGCAGCGGGUAUUGCAGCGACGAAGAGUCCGAUUCGGAGUUUGAGCAGUACUUCACCGCCCGAACAUCUUUCUUCCCCAAAACCAAGAAAGCCGAAAAUGUCGUUGUUAAGAAGGAUGAACAGACUGAAUGGGCAAAGCAGGAGUUGACGACCCCAGACAUUCAACAAAAAGUGAAGGAAUACAACGCACAGAUCAACAGCAAUUUAUUCAUGAAUGUGAAUAAGGAUGGCUCUUAUACGGGUUUCGUAAAGGUGCAGUUCAAAUUGGCACGGCCUGUUUCAGUUCCUCCUCCAAAGAAGGAGACUGGGAGGAAAUCGGCAGGGGUGAAGCGCCGCACCUCUUUUUACCUGCCCAAAGAUGCCUCCAAGCACCUGCACAUAAGCUCCCGCACCACAGCCCGCGAGGUCAUCGAGGCCUUGCUCAAGAAGUUUACUGUGGUCGAUAAUCCGGGGAAGUUUGCACUGUUUGAGCGAAGUGAACGCCAUGAUCAAGUUUAUGUCCGUAAGCUGUCUGAUGAUGAGCGACCACUGCGCUUGCGUCUCAGUGCUGGACCCAAUGAAAAGCUGCUGAGUUUUGUCUUGAAGGAAAAUGAAACUGGAGAAGUCAAUUGGCAUGCCUUCUCAAUGCCGGAGUUGAAGAACUUCCUCCGUAUUCUUCAGCGUGAGGAAGAGGAGCACGUGAAGCAGAUAGUGCAGCGUUACGCUCUGGCCCGCACUCGGAUGCAGGAGGCGCUCUCCGGCUCCACUCCAGGCUGAGAUCACCACUCCUCACCGGGAUUUUGGACAUGCACCGCUGGUCUGGAUGCCCCGAUCACUCAUGGCUGCAUCUAAAGAUCCCUGAGAAACCAAGUCUAAACGCCUCUUCGGUGACUGAGCGAGCGAGUGAGCGAGUCAGAGAGCGAGAGAGAGACAGGGCAGGCGCGAACUGUGCGAACUGUGCGAGUGUCGUGAAAUGCCUUUCACCUGGAGAGUCUGAAGUGCCUGAAUGAGUUGUGAACAGAUGAGGACUGGCAGAUGAGCUAAUGCUGGAUGUAGUAAUGCCUUUAAUAUAUCAGAUUAAAAUAAGAGCAACAUAGUAUAAUAAAAGCCCUAUUUAUGUCAGAAAUUACCUACUGAACAAAUAAGAUUUAUAUGUAAAAAUAAUUUGUAAAAUGGUUCAAAUGAUAUAUGACCCAUUUAAAAUAUGUAACUUUUCUGGUGGAGAGUCUGCUACUUGCUUGUUUCCAUGAAGAUGUUAUAGGUUUACCUGGAAUGUUCCACAAUAUGGCAUUAAACUUAAUUAAAAAUUCCAGAUCUGUCAAGAGGGGACUCCACUCUCAGUAAGAUAUAUGUCAAGGCAUUUAAAGCAAUAGAAAAUGCAAUUUAAUACAUAUAUCCAGAGAAGUUCAAUGUCCUACUGUGAAACAUUCCAGACAAAACCUCUUCAAUGAGAUACACAUGUUGUGGACUCUCCGCCAGAAAAGUUACAUGCAUUUUAGCUGUAGGUUACCCCAGAUUCAUACUAUUUUUGUCACUUAAGUCAAAUUUUACAGUUAAUAGAAGACUUACCAGCGUUUAUAUGUGCUCUAUCACUGCCAUGUCCUCUCUAUACCCCCGAUGGGUUCAACUCAAUGGUUUUAUUUUUUUAUUAUUUUUAUUUUUGAACAGUUGAUUUGGAAGAACGACUGUGUGGACAUUUGUAUGCUGUUAUGCAUGUUUGAGAGUAAUGUUACACCCUGGUUUGACUGGACCUUUUUGAAUGACAACAUUGACUCGUUUCAACCUUUCAUUGUCCUUUGUCAGUACUGUCUUUAUACUAUUCUUUAACAAAAUGUCUCACUUUUUCAGUUUCUUAUGUAAAAACUCUAUGCACAUAUUUACAUGUUUUAUCAAAAUUCACAAACUGUGCCAAUGUCUUUUACAAUCAGUAAAGGAUUAUGUACAUUCUCUCACAA